AACCUUCGAGAUAUAGAGAAAAUUUUGCAUGUCGUGCCAAAAUAACAGUGAAACGUUUGUGUACUUAUCUUAUUUAAAUGGCUAUUCCUAGAUCAAACAAGCUUUGAGACAAAGUCAAAUUAUAAAGUUGAUUUAAAUUUUAUUUUCAUUUCAACUGAAAAAAUAAUAUUUUGGAAAUAUCCUAAAUUUUUUGGAGAAUCCGGGAACCAUCAACCAAUCAAAACUUUAUAUAUCACACGUGCCAUAAUGUACAGUUAAUCUAACUUUAUAGCACGAUGAAUACUUUAUAGUACGGCGCUUAAUAUACAGCUAAUUUCACUUUACACCAUGUUCAUUUUGAAAUUCACGAUAUAGUGAGUACCUCAGAAUAUAUAUAAUAUAGAAUAACAGGUGGCACCUGUAUUGGUAUGACAUUGUAAACAUGUAUUGGUAUGUUAUUGUGUACAUUUAGUACACUGUUCUUGGGGGGAUUUGUUUGUAACACGGAUCAGACAUACAAGAUUUCAUUCUUUUUCAAAAGAUGAAAAGUUAAAAAAAACGUAGAGUAACUUCACAGGAAGGCCAGGUUUCUGGACUACGGGAAAAUUUAGUGUUGUCUGUGCGAAACUUUUGGAAAACAAAUACGUUUCCGGACGAAAUUUAAUUUAUCACACUGUUCCCAGUCUCCAUCCUACCCACCAUCCACAUCAACAGGAACAGCUAGAUAAUGGAGAGGACAUUCUUCUGAGUUAUGAACAGCCUAGCACUGUUCCCUCUUGGAGUAAUUCUGCUCUCCCUCAAAAAAGUCCUACAGGGGAGUUCUAUUCUACCUCAGGGGAGUUCUGUUCUACCUCAGGGGAGUUAUGUUCUACCACAGGGGAGUUCUGUUCUCCUACAGUGGAGUUCUAUUCUACCUCAGGGGAGUUCUGUUCUACCUCAGGGGAGUUCUGUUCUACCUCAGGGGAGUUCUGUUCUACCACAGGGGAGUUCUGUUCUCCUACAGUGGAGUUCUAUUCUACCUCAAGGGAGUUCUGUUCUACCUCAGGGGAGUUCUGUUCUCCUACAGAGGAGUUCUGUUCUACCUCAGGGGAGUUCUGUUCUCCUACAGAGGAGUUCUGAUAUACAUCAGGGGAGUUCUGUUCUCCUACAGAGGAGUUCUGAUAUACCUCAGAGUAGCUCUUUUCCUCCUAAGCCAGCCAAGAACAAGAGAAAAUUUGAAGAACAGGCAACAGAAGAAUUGUACACCUCUAGCUUUGAAGAAAUUCCAGAAAAUGGAUCUAUUGCUGACGAAAUUAUCCAGCCAUACAAAAAAGAAGAAUUAAGAUGUCUAACUACAGAAAUGAAAAGUACAGCAAUGUGCCAAUGAGUUGCUGAAAUUCUCUCUAACUCUUCAAGGAUAUUCAAGAAAAGUUUACAACUAUGUCAGAGAAAGUUUUAACAAACAAAAAUAGUGAAAAAACUUGCAGCUAUAUAUUUCACAAUGAGACUUCGCCAUUUUUGCAGACUCAAAAAGUUUGAAACCAAUUCUGGAAUCAGGCACAAAAAUACUAAGCUAAUACUGUUUAAAAAUGAAUAACUUUCAAAUUAUCCAUU